AUGUCAUUUUUCUUCAAACUUCAAUAUGACUGGCAAUAUAAACUGAACAUAUUUCGACUUAUUGUGUUCUACAUAGGUGCAGCAUCCAAUCUGCUACUGGGUUUUAUUGUGGCAUGGAAACCUUUCAACUCGAAAUCAUUUCAAGCAUUAAUACUGGGCCAGUUUUUGUUCGAUUUUCUCGUCUGUCUUGUGGCCGUCUUCUAUUGCCAUUUCGAAUACACUCUAGUUGCGACAGUGAACAAUCGUUCAUUCUUGUCUUGCGUGGUUUGGUUAGAUAAUCUUCUCUUUCUGAUCCCGUUAGUGAUCAGUGCACUGAAUAUCAUUUUUCUAAGUCUAGAUCGUGUGAUUGCUGUCUACCUGCCAUCGUACUACAUCUCGCAUAUCCCGCUUCGAGUCACCCUGUCAUAUAUUGCCAAUGUGGCUAUCUGUGUGUCCCUGUGUUUUCCUUCGUGUUUCCUGGUCCAAUUGGAUUAUCCGCUGUGUACAGUUUAUUACAGCAAAUUCUCAUUUGACCUAUACCAAUUCACCAUUAUCUAUCCCUAUAUGUGGGUCAUAGUGACAUUUGUGAUCCCAAUGCUUGUGUUCACUGGGACAUAUGCGGCCAUUUACAUUCGACUUCAUCGCCAUUCACACGGUCCCAGUAUGUCGCUCAAUCCCGCGACGAGUACCAAACGUAUCGGUCUACGUCUCACAGUGGUCACAUUUGCAAUGACUUUGGUCACCGUGUUAUGCAUGGCUCCGGACAACCUGUAUUACCUACUGGGUAAUGCGUUCGAUUUUGGUUAUUCCCAGGGCACUCCGGUACAAAUGUUCACUGCAUUCCUGAUGACAUUGAACAGUUGUGUGAAGCCAUGGAUUUUUAUCGCGUUCCAGCCCCACAUAAGGCGUUAUCUCUGUCAAUUGACUACGAUUCUGUCGAACAAGAAGACGGAAUUGUCCACCUCGUCCGCCAGUUGA